GCCAGUGGCGUCGUCCGGUCAGCAGUUAGUAGCGAACGUUUUACGAUGAUGGUCUCGGGUCGGCUUUCGGUACGGCGUCCGCAGUUUCAAAGGCAAUGAAAGUGAAGUGAUAUCACGGGUUCAGGACGCGUGCAUCUACUGAACUCGCUCAUGGGCUAGCAACGCGAUCCACACACACAGACUGAUGAUUUCUCUACCGGGCAAAGUCUUCACAGAAUGAUGAUCGCUGGAUCGGAUCAUUUUAUGAACGUCCCUGUGGAAGCGACCGCGUUCCUGGGCGCCGUGGCUGCCUUCGUCGUCCUCCUGCUGGUCUUCUUCCUCUACCUGAACAAGAAGUGGUGUUUCUACAGCAUCGGCGGCUUCCCCUGCUGCGACGAGCCCCUCAGCCCCAACCCCCCGCGCUCCAAACAGCUCGGAAAGGCAUACUCUUAUGAAGAGCCAGAGACAAGUUCUGACAGCGAGGAAGAUGUCCUGAAACGCCUUAAACUUCCAGAGCCAGUGCCCGGACCAUCAAAUGUGACUGACUCCAGUUUCUACCACCAGCAGUCAAUACAUGGUCUCACACAGCCAAACAAGUCCCCCACGAGCUCACAGAGCGCGGAUCUCAUCUCACUGGCAGAGAAGGGUAAAGUGGGGAGUAGCAGUACGUCCUCCAGCUGCUCCACGACGAGCGGCGAGGACGAACAGCAGAAAGAGAAGGCUCUACGACACAGAGACAGCCACGGCAGCAAUGGCACCACGUUCCGCAAGCUGCCGCUCCAGUGUAGCGUGGACACCAUGGACGAGGAGGUCCAAGAACCUCCUCACUCCACCACCGAGCAUUUCACCGACAACAUGAGCAACCAAGACUGUAUCGUUGUAUUGCCACAGGAACAACUGUUCGAUGUCACAGAUUUACAUAGCGCAUUUGGUGACCAGGAGAGUCAUCUGGUAUCCAAAUGUGGUCAUCUAGAGGUAGCAUUUGCUUACGAUGCGCCAAUGAGAAAGAUGACUGUUAGAGUGCUACAAGCCAGGGACAUCCCUGCCAGGGACAGAGGAGGUGCGACACACACACAGGUUCGGCUGGUGAUGCUGCCCAGCAAGAGACAGAAACACAAGACUAAGGUGAGACAGGGCAAUAACCCCCAGUACACGGAGAGUUUCUUACUGCACAGAGUUAACCCAGAGGAUGUGAACAGCAUGGGAGUGCGGUUCCGGCUCUACGGCUGCGAGCGAAUGCGACGUGAGAGGAUGAUAGGAGAGUGCGUAGUCAGCUUCACGUCCAUCAACCUAGAGCUGGAAACUACUAUGUGGGUGACGCUUGAGCCAAGAGUGAACCUCACACUAAACUCAUCAGCCUCAGACCUGCUGAGUCUGGCUCGUAGUGACAGCACUGGUUCAACGCAUUCCAUGCAGCAUGGAGGCGUGCCUGAGCUGCUUCUAGGCCUAGCGUACAACGGCACAACGGGGCGGCUGUCGAUUGAGGUUGUGAAAGGUAGUCACUUUAGGAAUCUAGCGAUGACACGGCCGCCCGACACGUACGUCAAGCUGUGUCUCCUCAGCAGCAGUGGCCAGGAGAUGUCCCGCAGCAAGACGUCUAUCCGGCGUGGGCAACCAAACCCACUGUUCAAGGAGACUUUUAUGUUCCAGGUAGCGCUAUUCCAGCUCCCCGACGUAAGUCUAAUGGUGUCUGUUUACAACAAGCGGAGCAUGAACCGUAAGGAGAUGAUAGGAUGGUUCUCUCUGGGACUCAGCAGUUCCGGGGAAGAAGAAGUAGCACACUGGAAUGACAUGCGUGACGUGCGAGGAGAGCAAAUCUGCCGAUGGCACAUUCUGGUAGAGUCAUAGAGAUCAACACAUCUUGUUCGGUUUCUGUCUCUCUCUCUCUCUCUCGCUCGCUCUCAACAUUGCCUGAUUUUAACUUACCAGGCAAUGUGUCAAGCCUCUCUUCAACCGGGAGCCAGAAUAUGGAUUGCUCUGGCGAGGAAAUCAUUUCGUAGUCCUUUACCAAUGGAAGGGUGUGGUUUAUCACUCAAAAACAAUGAGAUUUCCAUGAGUCAGAUUGUUUAUCAAUUGACAGGUUUGAAAUAGUGUUGGAAAGACAUUUAUACGGGAGUCUUACGUAAUGUUUUGGUAUUAACCGGGCGAGAAGCCUGUCGUUAUAUCGAAAAUUCCAGAUUGCACACAAAGUACUUGAAAGUUCCUAUGAGGGAUGUUUUGUUAGUGGCAUUGCUUUUUAAUAUGUGGCUUGCAAUGUCUCAUCACAGCAUUUGUCACGCUGUUUACUUCAUUCAGUGGCCGUACGUCUUACAAGCAUAUCAAACAGAAGACACUUUAUCUCUUGCCUUUUCAUACAACAAAUCUAUAGUCUUGGUAUUUGUCAAAGAAAAUCACGCUUUGAAGACUGUUGUUACAACCAGCACUUUGUACAGAAAGCACAAAACUUCUGUGAGCACAGGGGAUUCCCCCAACUUGUACAUAGACCCCCCCCCCCCACACACACACACUCUGUUUAACAUUCACAUUACUGUUGUCAUCCUCACAUCACCGUGUGAAAUCCACUUUUAUUCUCUGCCACGGAUCCUGGCUUUUACUCUUACCCUUGUCAUGUGCACCAACUUUACGCGCAGCUUUCAAUUCACGUCUGCACAUUCCAUUGUGUGUUCAAUAGUUUUUAUGCUGUUUGUGAGUUUCAUUAUUGUGAUUUUAUAAUUAUGAAAUGAAAAUGGAUUAUACUUCUGAUGCUUGAAAAGCCGAUUCUUGCGGUUUUUACUCUGAUAACUUCCUAACCCCAUUUACAAAUCGUGUAAACAUAAAAUUAUUUCACAGCUGUACACAUAAACAUUAAGUUAGGUUAGGAUGGCACAUGGAAUUCUGUGGAUCAGAGUGAAGGAGUAUUGACAUUAUUUUCAGUUUGAGGGCACGUUUUGGCACAGGUUGAUGGGAGAUUAGUGUUAGCGUACUAAUUACACACGAUGAUUCGAUUUGUUUAAAAUAUUCACCAGUACAGCUCACUGAAAAUCACUGAGUUUAAUACAGGAACCAAACGAUGCACAAAAUAGUCAAUUUUUAUUGUAUGAGACGGGUAAAGCAAAAUGUUCCAAUGGUUUAUGGUUGAUGUUGUUGCAGAAUUUUAAUGGGUCGCUGGUUUUUGUAUGUGUAUCGAACAACAGAAACACAGUAUGCAAAUACCGGAGGAUAUUAAAGAAAGGAAUCAUUUUAUAUAUAUAUAUAAAACAUAUAUCGUACUUUAACGUCAUUCCACUUCUCUAUAGAUUGGGAAUGUUGAGUAAACUUUACAGUUAAUUGAUAUUGUCCAUUUCAUGUUAAGUGCAGACAUUUGUUCAAUACAUUCAUGUGAUAUAUGUAUGAACUUAAUAUUGCCGGACUAUAUAUACUCACGCUUAAGCACUGAUGCAGAUAUUGUGUUGAAUGCUCUUUUAAAUUUGAGUAUUUGUAUCAGUGCCAAUUUGUUGUAUCGAUUUUGAACUCGUUGUUUACACAAAUGUCCAAAGCAACUUGGCAGUAACAUUUUUCAUACAUAUUGGUAACUUGUAAGCAGAGGCACAAUUAGACCUUGUGACAGCUUGUAGAAGACAAGUAGAUGCCCUUCUGCGCAUCAGCAAAGUACGAGUAUCUCCACACAGCUUUUCUAUCAUAAAUGAAGGUAAGAUUUUUUUGGCUCCUUAUUGUAAAAUGUUCUUUAUGACAAGACUAUCUUUUUAUCGUAAAGCCAGGGUAUGAUUCUCAAAAUGUUUCAUCACUUACAACAGUUAUAACUAAAGCAGUUACAUCACAAAAUGGCAAUAUUUAUGACUGAAAACAUAUAUGAGCAUUUUUUCAUAUUCUUAUGUGCUAUAUGUAAUUUAUCCUAAGAUUAUUCUUAAAAUAUUUAAAAUAAAUUUCAGUUGGUUUAUCAUUGC